AUCUGACAGCUCUAAUGACAGCUGAGGUUGAAGAUUGUUCUCGACUUUUUGAAAAUGCUUUUUUAUUAUUUUCGUCCACUAUGUUGCAAAUAAAAUUAACUGUGUAAAGCUCCCGGCUUAGAAUAAUCAUAUUCCUAACUACCUCUCAAUCAGACUGAUCUGGAUCGGAAGUAGAGGUUAUACAUACAUUGUAAAAUAUAAAAGUCAUUGCAAAAUAACAGCACAAAAAUGUUUUGUUGGGGUAAUGCGACUCAUCAUGAAUUGUGCAUAGAAGGUCCGGAAACUCUUGAUUUGGUAAUAAAACCCACAUUAUCAAAAUGGCGCGAGAGCAACCAUAUAAAAUCCGUGGCCGCUGGAGAGUUCCACACAAUGUACCUGACAAACAGUGGUCAUUUGUAUUCAUGUGGAAAUAAUGAAGUUGGCCAACUGGGUCGCCACACUGAAAACAGAGAAGGAAAAACACCUGCACUAGUUGAAACAUUCAAAGAAUGCACAGUAUCAUCAAUAGCCUGUGGGAUACAGCACUCAGUUGCACUGGACGAAUGGGGACAAUUGUUCAGUUGGGGCUCAGAUAGUAUGGGCCAGUUGGGUAGCAAUUUAGGCAUGCAUGCCCAGGACAAGCCCAAGUUCGUAAAAGUACUAGCCACAAGAAAUGUUAUUCAAGUCGCUUGCGGAGCUUACCAUUCAAUAGCAUUAACAAACAAUGGUGACCUGUUUUCUUGGGGAGCAAAUAGUUAUGGUCAAUGUGGAUUGGGUACUAUGACCAACAAAGAAAUGAUUCCACAAGCUAUCACUUCACUGCUUGGAGUUCCAAUUGCAAUGAUUGCAUGCGGCAGUAACCACACAUUUGCUUUGUCCAAAUCUGGUGCAGUUUUUGGAUGGGGAAAAAAUACUCACGGCCAAUUGGGACUACAAGACAGAGAGAAUAAGUGUUACCCGUCGCAUUUGAAAACUCUGAGAAAUGUUAAGGUGUGCCAUAUCGCAUGUGGAGAAGACUUCACUGUGUUCCUAACAUUAGAUGGUGGUGUGUUUACAUGUGGCACUGGGGAAUAUGGACAAACAGGACACGGAACUACCAAAGAUGAGCUGGUUCCUAGAAAAGUUAUGGAGUUAAUGGGCAGUACAGUGACUCAAGUAGCUUGCGGACGCCGACAUGUGCUCUGUAGAGUCGGUGACCGUAUACUAGCAUGUGGGUAUGGCGCCCGAGGACAACUCGGUUGUCCACAUAUGGCCUACGCGUUAGUACCGACGCCUGUGUCCUUUACACCCACUGAUGAAACACCGCCGAAGAAGAAACCGAAAGUCGAGGCCGCGACAGGAAUAACUAGAAAUAGCAACGCGGGCGUUUCCAAACUAACUUUUUCACAAGAGAUCUUCAAAGGACCUAUUAAAGUGUUUGCAGGCGGCGACCAUAGUUUUCUAAUCAUAGAUCAUGAUAAGUCUGGGCCCGUAGACUUCCGUGUGCAAGAUCAUACAAAACAGAUUGUAACACUCACUAUUCCAAAAUUAGCUGCUUGCGAAGUCUUUAAAGAUUCGGAUGUUGUUAAUCAGGAUAUGCUAGCUUACUUAGAGACUGUCUUCGGUUCUCUAGCAUGUGUAAAUGGGUCGUUCUUGGCACCGAACAACGCCCACUUCGGCUGCAACACGAAGGUACCGGGAGUAGAUCUCAGGAAAGCAGAGGAAGCGUUCACGUUAGUUAGCAGAUUUGAAAAUACUACCAUAAAAGAACUUAUUUUUAAUCACCUAACAGAAAAUAUAAUUAAGAAGAUGAAAGUGUCCCCGCCCGACGCAGAAGCUCUCAGAAUGUUCCUUAUCUUACCUCUGUAUCAUGAAAUGCGUAAUCCUCGCCGACAUGUGGAAUUACAGGGUCCGUUCGCUGAAGCUUUCAACAAUUUGUCAACCCACCCACAGAGGAUAGUAAACUUAUGGUGGGAGGCUCAAACACCAGAAUAUUUUGAAAUGCUAGUCGAUAUAUUCAAAAGUGUUAUUGUAUACGAACUAAUGCAACCUACGGUGCGAGCUAAUAAGAAACUCUACUUCACGCAUAGCAUAAUACAGAUACUCAAUACUCUAUCGUCCUUGAACAAAAUUAACUUUACAAAUCCAAAGAAACCGAAAAUUCCGGCGGAAUGUUUUUAUAUCGAAGACUUGAGCAACCAUGUUGAUAUUGCUACUGAUUACAUAACUUGGCUAUCAGACCACACUUCAACCCAUCCACAUAUGUGUAACUAUGCGUUCCUAUUUGACGUUCAGUGUAAAUCAUUGUUACUAAAAAUAGACCAACAGUUACAAAUGCAGAUAGCUAUCAGUAGAGCAGCUACGCAAAUAUUCACACGGUUGUUCAUGGAUCCCACAUAUGAAUACCAAAGAGACCAGUUCCUUAACCUAACAGUUUCCAGGAACCAUAUCGUGAGAGACACUAUGACGCAAAUCAGUAGUCAUGAAACUUCACAGUUAAAGAAACCGCUAAGAGUAGAGUUUGUUGGUGAAGAAGCUGAAGAUGCAGGUGGAGUGAAAAAAGAAUUCUUUUUGUUACUAUUGAAAGAAAUCUUUGACCCUGUGUAUGGUAUGUUCAAGCAAUCAGAAGAAACAAACAUGAUCUGGUUCUCGAAUAAUCCAUUUGAAGACGACGUCAUGUACUACUUGAUUGGUGCCAUAUAUGGUCUCGCUAUAUACAAUUCUAUUAUAAUCUACGUUCCUUUCCCAUUGGUGUUAUAUAAGAAGUUGUUGGAAGAAGCUGUUAUGUUGGACGAUCUGUCAGACUUGUAUCCUACUCUUGCGAAUAGCUUGAAAAGUUUACUUGACUAUCCUGACGAAGAUGUAGAAGAGGUAUUUAGCUUAUGUUUUGCGGUGAAUACAGAAGUUUUCGGUCAGAUACAGGUGCACCCACUGAAGGAAAACGGCGAGAACUUGCCCGUUACUCAUGAGAACAAAGAGGAAUAUGUUGAACUUUAUGUAGAUUUCUUACUCAAUAAGUCAGUCGAAAAUCAGUUUAAAGCAUUCAAUCAAGGUUUUCAAAAGGUUUGUGGCGGUAGAAUUAUCAAACUAUUUAGAUCACAUGAAAUGAUGUCAGUCGUAAUGGGUAACGAGGAAUAUGACUGGGAAGUGUUUGAAAGCAACUGUGAAUAUAAAAAUGGUUACACUGCCACUGAUCCACAAGUCAGGUGGUUCUGGGAAACUUUCCACGAGCUUCCACUUGAAGAUAAGAAGAAGUUCCUUUUGUUUUUGACUGGUAGUGACCGUGUCCCGAUUCAGGGAAUGAGAGAUAUUAAAAUAAGAAUCCAAGCAGUGGCAGACGACAGGUACUUCCCAGUAGCUCACACUUGCUUCAACCUCCUAGAUCUUCCACGCUAUAAGACUAAAGAACGACUCAAAUACCACCUUGUUCAAGCAAUUCAACAAACACAAGGAUUCUCACUCGUUUGAUUCUAUAGCAAUUAGUCUAUUGAACUUUACCAUGAUAUCAGCUGUGUAUAUAUUGGAAACCAUGACUUUAUUCUACUGGGAUUCAGUGUGUACAGAGCUCGGCACUUUAGGAUGGGACUUAGAGUGUAGUGGAGUCACAGUUCUGCUGCAUCUGAAAUAUAUUAAGUAACAAAAGAAAUCGUCCAGCGAAGCGUGGAAGCGUUCGUUUAAUACGUAGUGUAAAUCAGGGAAAUAAUAUUGAAAAAUAAUGUGUAAUAAUAAUAUUCUAAUCGCGUGGUAUUUCAAUUAAUAAUAAUAAUAUAAUAAUAAUUUGACGAGCUAUGCAAUUUGUUCCGACGUGGAACAGUCUGUGUGAGAAUGUACUGCUCAUAAUCUGGAUGGCUAUUUAUGAAAAAUUGUAAGUACAUCAGUUGUGAACAUUGAUUUCUAGUUCCAAGUCCAUUAGAAAAAUCCGUUUUUAAAAUGCGACAAAAAUAUAACGUAACAUGUUAGUGAUUUCUGUUCUCUUUAACUAAUUUUUAAGCAGUCAAAUAUACUUUGGUCAUGUAAAUUGUUUUAUGUGACAUACUUUUAGCAUACUCGGUGCCUUUCCAAGAAAAGUAUCAUUAUUCCUGAUAUUAUAUGUAUUUUCUAUUUAUAUAUAUAAUAGUGUUAUAAAUCAGUUAUGUUAUGCAAUUUUUUUAUACAGGAAUGUUUUAUUUGUUAAUUCCGACAAGACGAUUUGCAUUUAUGUUAAUGCUGCAAAGCGUAAUGUGAUAACUGGAAGCGCUCUGACACGACAGCAUUACAUAAUAAUAUGAUAGAACAAUUUUUAUAUGUCGUGUCCGGUUUAUAUUGCCGAAGUGAGACGAAGACUUGAUCACACCAAUCUAGUAGAGCAGACCUAGCACGCAUUUACACGAACGGUAGACUCAUCUAGUUUAUUGUAUAAAUGUAUUACAUAGUUUCUUUCCAGAUUUCGCUUAAAAGUUUAUUAUUGCUUACGAGUGUAAAUAAGUUAUUAUCGUAUCGGGGAGCUUGCGUAAGGAAUUCACAAUAAAGACAUUUUGAAUGAAAAUUAAUAAAAAAGUCGUUUUGGUUCCUUACUACAUAUUAACCUUUCUAUGUUAGUGCUCAAACUAAAAUCAUUUUAGAAAACUAACACAAAAUAAUAAUAACCAUAAUCUCCGAUUUAAUUGUUAU